ACUGAGGCACCCCAAGGGGUCGAUGCUAUUCAGUCAUGUAUUUUCUUAAAGUUACAUCUUCCUCAUGGUGACUGGUGGUGUCAACUUUUGAUUUAAAUGUCAGGGAAGUUAUGUAGCAGGACUAAGUUUAUCCACACCUGUUAAUAUACGGAAGAAAAUAAAUAUUCCAAAUUGUAGACUCGAGUUGUUAAAACAAGUCACUGAAGUGAUUUAUUUUUUGGAGCAAGAAUAAUGUGUGGGUUAACGUAUAGCCACAAUUUCCACUUGCCUGGUUCUUUACUUGUUGAUCUGUCUGCUGAUUUUGUCGGUAUUCGGAAGGACCCGCCCCUUUCCUCAUCCUCCACGGAAAGUCUCGAGUCCUGCCCAAGUCCACGCGCACUAGCGGGACAGCCGGGCCGCGCGGACACCGGUCGCCUCGCAACGGACUUUCUUCUGCUCGAGCGCUAAAACCAUUCCGCUCCUGUUAAACCACGCACAGGUCCACUUGGGGAUACAUUUUUUGUUCAACUUCCCUCAGCGCCUUGUCUGCGUGUACAGCCUGAUGCUGGAAGGCCUCAGUGGAGCCUGCAGAGGAUAAGAAAGAAGAAGACGAGGAGCAGCCGUCCAAGAGAAGUGGUCCUGCUGGUAGUGAGAACAACCCACCGCCAGCGGACAGACAGAGACCACAGAACCCUGCUGCUCUGACCGGGCCAACCCAUGGAGGAUGAGCACAUAGGAGGAUAAUCGAGUGAACCUCCCCCUCCCCGACGCCACCACCAUCAGCCCACCAAGCCGCCCAGUCACCCUGACACAGACAAGCCCCCCUGUUGGGGCAUUUCUCCCCCUUCAGGCUCCGAGACACAGGCAGACUGCCGGGGCUUGGAUUACCCUAUUAAAGCAUUUUACCCUCUUUAAAGAUCCACACACGCACAGGGAUUGUGUGUGUGUGUGUGUGUGUGUGUGUGUGUGUGUGUGUGUGUGUGUGUGUGUGUGUGUGUGUGUGUGUGUGUGUGUGUGUGUGUGUGUGUGUGUGUGUGUGUGUGUGUGUGUGCUCAUCCAUUGGAUUUGGUUCCUGGAGGGCAGGCUGCCAGGUUCUCUUUCUGCUCCUCAUAAACCUCCCCACAACCAGGAGAUCCUCCAAGGAGACAGAGGAGGAGAAGGAGGAAGGAGAACCACGAGGGAUUCAGCUACAGCCCUGGGUUUGGAUAAGGGUGUGUUCAGGGUUAAGACGGCGGGGGGGGGAAGAAAGGAGAGAAGAGGGAGCGGCUGCCUUGCUCAGCGGCAGAGCAGAACACCAGAGCUCCAGACCCGACCCAACGGCCCCCCUCCCGGGUCAGGGGUCGCCCGGCUGGAUUAGAGGACAGACACGGAUCUCCGGCAAUUUCUAUGGUUCCAGGGGCGUCACCACAGAACCAUUUGCAGCUGUACCCGGACCUAUUUCUGAGCUCAACGUCCACUCACCCCCGUCGCCCCAAAACGCAGACCGGGGUUGAAACCGGAGCGACUCCGACCGCAUUCUGCCAUUGGCUCCAGGCCCUGCGACUCGCAUAGCGUUCUCCCCCAUUUCUCUCCCGUUUCAUUCGGAUGCAUGUGUGCGCAACAGCAGGCGGUGUAAAGAGGAGGAGGGAGGCCUGAAAUUACCCCGGUCUGUGAUGAUGAUGAUAAACAGUGAUUAUAUUACACCAAACUAUUCACCCUCGCCAUUAGCCUCCCCUUUAUAGAGCCCUCACUGUACUGCCCUGAACUCCCAGAAACCCUUUCAAGACUGUUUUUCAUUCUCCCAAGAGCCUUGGACUUCAUUAUUUUUGAGUCUUGGCCUCUGUGAGACCGCAGAAUCAGCACAGACCGUACCUCAAAACAGUGAUUAAAGAAGGCCCUGAACCAUCUCUUGUUCGACCUUUGACCUACAAGCGAGAUUCAAGAGAAAGACGAUGAUCCUUUUCUGACCUUUUUUCUUCCGAAAGUGUGGAAAGCCAGCGAUUAACCCAUCGAUUAUCGACGUCCACCGGAUCCAGACCCCCCUGUACGAGCCCCGUGCGCGAGCCUGGACCGUCCCGCGGCGCUCCGACCCCCUCCGCCCGACCCCCCGGCGCCAUGAACCUGCAGGGCAAGCUGUCGGGCCUGAAGGGCCUGGUGUCGGGCGCCCACGGCCGGCGGCGCUUCAAGGGCGACCUCACCACCGACAUGAUCAGCCCGCCCAUGGACGACUUCCGCCACACCAUGCACGUGGGCCGCGGCGGCGACGUGUUCGGCGACACCUCCUUCCUCAGCAACCACGGCGGGAGCCGCAACCGCGAGGCCGACGCCAACACCACCUGCUCCUCGACCCCAACCAGCCCCACCUCCACCCCCGACAACAAGAUCGGGGCCUUCUUCUCCCGCACGCUGCGGCAGGUGAGGAAGGGGUCGGCGAGCGAGGGCCGGCCUAGUGGGGGAGGAGGUGGAGGUGGAGGUGGAGGAGGAGGUGGAGGUGGAGGUGGAGGUGGAGGAGGUGGAGGAGGAGGAGAGUCCAAGGAUGUGUCUUCGCCGCCACCGCCCGCCGUUUCCCCCAUCAUCAAGAACGCCAUCUCGCUGCCCCGGCUGGACGCGGUGGGCACGACCAACGGCGGGGGUCCCGUCGUCAGGGAGCUCUUCCCCCCGCAGGAGGCGGGCAAAGCGUCCUACGGUCUGGAGUCGGGCUUCGUCACGCUCCCCCGCCUAUCCCGCUCCGAGCGCCCGCUGCCCUCCGUCCCCACUUCCUGUUCGCCGGACCUGCCCCGCAGCUGCCUCGACGACGCCGUCGACUCCGUCCCGUCCGACGGCCCCGCCUCCGCCGUCACCAUGGUCCCGUUGAGCCGCGAGCCCGUCACCAUGACGACCCACUCCGACUCCCUGCGGUCCCUCACGUCCCUGGACACCUUCACCCUGGACCUCGGGCCCUCCCUCAUGAGCGAGGUGUUCGGGAUGAUCGACAGCCCCGGCGGCCACUCGGACGGCCACUUCCACGCCUGGGAGGCCGAGGAGGCGGGCUCGGCCUUCGGGAUGACCAAUGAGGGCUCGGAGAUGGACUCGGCCACCAUCUCGUACGUCGACUCCCUGCUGAGGGAGGACUGCGGCAGCAGGAAGAGCCCGUACGGAGGGGACUGGGAGGAGGAAGAGGAGCGGAUGGUGAUGAUGAUGAUGGAGGCCAACGGAGGGGCGGGGCACCCUCUUAAAGGGGCGGUGCCCGACGUGGUGUUGGUGGGGCCCACUGCGGAGGACGGGCGGGCGAGGCCCGGUGUGGGCAUGGAGACCGACAGCUUCCAGAAGGCGGCGGAUGUGCUGGCGCGUCACUACAGGGUGGCUGGAUCCAAGCUGAGGAUUCUGGAAUCCGAGAGCCUCAGCCAAUCAAAGAGCUUGUCCUACGGCGAGGUGGACGAAGAGGAGGAGAUUAAAGUCUGAGGUUGUACUGAGUGUCAGGACGCCUGACGCAUAUGAUAUUGUACUAUCUAGCUAAACUCCACGCAUAAUUCUAUUCAAAUCAGUAGCUUUUAAAAUGGGCCUUCUGUUGACAGGACUAUAUAUGAAAAAUGGCCCGUCCCUUUGUAAUUCUUUGGUAUAUUAUUUUCAGACGUUGAAUGUGGGUCAUGUUCCCUAUGCAGCCACUCCUACAAAAAGACAUUUGGUUGCAAGAAUGCCCGUGAAAGUUCACAAAACACUACGUUUAUAAUCGGAACCGACUGAAGGAACAUAGGAAAAUAUGAAUGGUAAGUGAAAAGAAACAGACCAGCUUGCUUUCCUCAACUGACAGCUUCUCAUGAACAGCAGAGAUAGGCGAAUAAAAUCUGUACAGUAGAAUGGUGAAACUAGGAGGCAGAAGAAGAAGUAAGUCUUGGGCCACAAAAAGGAUGUUACAACAAGAUGUUACAUCUCUAUAUAUAUAUACAUACAUAUAUAUAUAUAGUAUAUAUAUAUAUAAUCGCCAUGCUGACUUCCUUUGACAGAGUGGCGAGCAGCUCUCUCCGAUGAGACGUACAGCCACAGAAGGACAGUUAGCUGUUAAUGUGUUACUCAGAAUACACUAAAAGAGGGAAACACAAGGGCCAAAAAGGAGAACAAUAAGGGUGACAUGAAUCGAAUUCUAAAUUCUCAGGAGCUUUGAAACAAAGAUAACCGAAGAAAGCCAAAGAACCGUCUUGUGGUGAAAUCUGCAGGUUUAUAUGUGUAUAACAACCAUUAUAUUUCUACUAUAGAACAUACAACGACCUCCCCUUAAACGUGUAUUUAAGAGCACCUGCAAUUCACAUGUACAAUUUACAUAUUACAUGUUAAAGGGACUAUUCAUGAUAUUUUAAGAUUUAAGAAAUGUACACUAUGCCCUUGUGCGCUGAGACCGGCUGACCAGCCAAAACAUCCGUGCCAAAUGAGUAAGAAAAAACACAAAUAAAAGUAUGGACUGCCUUUGUUUUACUUCCAGAAAUGUACAAUAAACAUGUUUUCAUUA